AUGACUUUGACCCGCUCCCAAACGGGGAAGACCCCCAAAAAAAUGGAGCGUCCCGGUUAUAUUGAAACUCCCGGUCGUCGUUCCACGAGGAGAACCCCGGCUCUGGACAUGAGCGAAAGAGACGUGUCCGAAACGCCCUCGGAGACCGCAUCGACCAAGUCAUCUGCACGACGCCGUACCACUGCGAAAAUGGCUUCCGAGGACGAGAGGGAGGAAAGUCCCAUCGUCAAGAUCGAGGCCAAGGAAGAGACUGCACCUGGCUCUGUCAAGCCCGAAUCGCGCAUCGUCGAUGGUUGGGUGGAGGGCUUAGACCCCAAGAUUGACUACAGUGGACACUACGAGUUUGGUGGCUCGCCGGGAGUCCUUGCCAUGAUGAUCGGGUUCCCAAUUCUCAUGUACUAUAUGUGGAUUGGUGCGACGUAUUACGAUGGCAAGUUCCCCCGUCGGGCUGAGGGGCAGACCUAUGGAGAGUUCUUCACUCACAUGGUCAACCUGGUCUACACUGGCGCAUACCCUUCGUUGAAGGCUUGGACUAUCUAUUGGGUGUUCUUCAUCUUUGAGGGCGCCUGCUACGUUCUCCUGCCUGGUGUGACUGUCUCUGGACGCCCGCUGCCUCACGCGGGGGGAAAGCAACUCCCGUACUACUGCUCUGGUGUUUGGUCCUUCUACACGAGCAUUGCGGUGGCGCUCUUCCUUCACUUCACCGGCUUGUUCAAGCUUUACACCAUCAUUGACGAGUUCGGCCCUCUCUUGAGUGUUGCGAUUCUGUCGGGCUUCCUGGUCUCUUUCGUGGCGUACUUCUCGGCCCUUUACCGUGGACAGCAGCACCGGAUGACUGGCUCGCCGAUUUAUGAUUUCUUCAUGGGAGCGGAAUUGAACCCUCGCAUGUUUGGCAUUUUGGACUUUAAGAUGUUCUUUGAGGUCCGCCUGCCGUGGUAUAUCCUGUUGGGUCUGUCGAUGGGUGCUGCGGCCCGUCAGUACGAGAACUACGGCUACGUUUCGGGAGAGGUCAUGUUCCUCGUCAUGGCGCACUUCCUCUAUGCCAACGCUUGCUCCAAGGGCGAGGAGUGCAUUGUGUCCACCUGGGACAUGUACUAUGAGAAGUGGGGCUUCAUGCUGAUCUUUUGGAAUCUGGCUGGUGUCCCAUUGAGUUACUGCCACUGCACCAUCUAUUUGGCUAACCACGAUCCUUCCGAAUAUCGGUGGAACCGUUUCUUCCUGGCCUUCUUGUACACUGCUUAUCUUUUCGUCUAUUGGGUCUGGGAUACGACCAACAGUCAAAAGAAUCGCUUCCGUCAGCAGGAACGUGGCACAAUGGUGAACCGCAAGGCUUUCCCCCAGCUGCCCUGGCAGACUUUGAAGAACCCGAAGACCCUGACUGCCGCCGACGGUUCCAAGAUUCUAAUCGAUGGGUGGUACGGCAAGGCCCGCAAGAUUCACUACACAUGCGAUCUCUACUUCGCACUGAACUGGGGUCUCAUCACCGGGUUUUCCAGCGCCUUCCCCUGGUUCUACCCGGUGUUCUUCGCUUGCAUGAUCGCUCAUCGUGCCCUACGAGACAUUCAGCGCUGCCGGAUCAAGUACGGUGAGACUUGGACCGAGUACGAGAAGCGGGUUCCUUACCUCUUCAUCCCUUACGUCUUCUAA